AUGCUAUCAACGCGCCGCCUCCUCCCCGCCACUUCGCGGGCUCUUUCGACGUCUCCACUGCUCAAAUCGUCGGAAGUUUUGGUGAAAGAGGAGGUGCCGCACGUUUUCCACGUGAAAUUGAACCGUCCCGCUAAACUGAACACUUUUACCGUCGAUAUGUGGAGGUUUGUUGAUUUUCAUAGCUAGAAAUUAUAAAAAUUGAUUUAUGAGCGCUGAAAAUUACGUGUGUUUCUUGAAAAUUGACUAAAACUCUGAAAAUAUACGCUGAAACUGUGAAUUUUGACGUGGCAGUGUUUGCACAGUAUGCGCAUGAUUUGACGACAGAGGACAAUCCAAUUAAUUUUUUUUCAAGAAACCCUCAAAAUUUACCGAUUUGAGCAGAAAAAAAAUUGAAAACUGUUUUCAGAGACUUCAAGAAGACAAUCGACGGCCUCGCAGACGAUCCAAAAUGCCGUUCGAUCGUGAUUUCGGGCGAAGGAAAGGCGUUUUGCGCGGGAAUUGAUUUGGCGAACGGUCUGACGGAUGUCGUCCGACUUAUUCAGGACGAUUCAAUCGAAAUUGGCCGGAAAGGAAGGGCAGUGCGCAAAUUCAUCGGCCAGGUCCAGGAUUCGUUCACUGCGCUCGAGGUUUGUGUGAUAUUUUUUGAAAAUCCGGAUCUUUUCCAUUUCUCAUGAAAAAUUGACCGUAAAGCAGUCAAAAAUCAUCAAGAAACGUGUAUUUUUUCAGAAAUGCCCGAAACCAAUCAUCGCGGCCGUACAUUCGCACUGUGUUGGCGCCGGAAUCGAUCUGAUCACGGCGUGUGACAUCCGUCUCGCCUCCCAGGACGCCAAUUUCUCUAUUAAAGUGGGUUUUGGUGUUAACAAAUGCCAAAAAAAUCGUCAAAAUUUGCAGGAAGUCGACAUUGGCCUGGCCGCGGACGUGGGCACUCUCAACCGCAUCCAAAAGGUGGUCGGAAACGAUAGUUGGACCCGUGAAGUGGCGCUGACCGCCCGUGAUUUCGGCGCCGACGAGGCCCUCAAGUACGGGCUCAUCUCCCGAAUUCUCGCCGAUCGCCAGAAUUUGCUCGAAAAAUCGCUUGAAAUUGCGGCGAAAAUCGCGGAAAAAUCGCCGAUCGCCGUGCAGGGCACCAAGGAAACGCUCAAUUAUUCGAGGGAUCACUCGACCCAGGACUCGCUCAAUUUCAUAAAAACGUGGAAUAUGAGCCAGCUGCUUUCGACGGACCUCAUGAACAGUGCGAUCGCGGCGAUGAACAAGCAGAAGGCCACUUAUGAAGAUGUCUAA